AUGUCAGACAACCCAUCCGCCGAGGCAACCACCACCACUCCAUUGUCUAAAAUCGACUUCGCAGCCUCAACAGCACUCGUAACAGGCGGCUCCUCUGGAAUCGGCCAUGCCAUCGCCCAAGAGCUAGUAACAAGAGGAGUCCGCCGCCUCAUCCUCGUCGCCCAAACCGAAGAAAAGCUCCAAGCAGCCGCAGAAGCCCUCCAAGCCUCGACGCGCAAGAUUUACAAAUCAAAACCAUCACCAUCAAUCUUGGAGAAAGAGAUGCUCCCGCCAAGAUCUACCAGCAGAUUCACGAGGACUUCAAAUGUCAUGGUCCGCGCCGUCGUGGAUAUGAUGCUACAAUUCCUCCCCGACAUGCUCGCCCGCAAGUCCGGGGGAAUUCUCAACAUCGGGUCCACGGGUGGCUUCCAACCCGUGCCCUUCUCAGCCGCGUACGCUGCAAGCAAAGCCUUUGUGCACACCUUCUCGCAAGCCAUUCGACAGGAAAAUAUGGCGAGAGGUGUUCGGGUUGCGUGUGUGAUUCCGGGCGUGACGGAGACGAAUCUGGAUGGGAAAGGGCAUGGGGAGAAGAGAGGCAUGAUUGAAAUGGUGGGGGUGGAUCAGCCGGGGAAAGUCGCCAAAGUUGCUGUCGAUGCGCUGGAGGAGAACGCGGCGGCGAAAAUUGUGGGUUGGAAUAAUAAGGCUUUUCAUUCGGUUUUUAAUUUGCUUCCGGAUUCGGUGAUUGCGAGUCUGGUUGCGAGAUCGAGGGGAGUUCCUGGAUCGGAGGGCGAGGCGUGA